AUGUCUGGCCUCCCUGCGAACAUCCUCAGCUCCCUCCCGGAGUCUGUCCAGCACUUCAUCAACAAUUUUGUCCUCUGGGACACGGACUGCGAGACGUGUCAAAAAUGGAGGCUGCGGGUUCUCGGGAUCGGCGCGGCAGCUGUCGCGGGGGCGGCCUCGUGGACUUACAUCUUCUAUCCUUUUCUGCAGCACAUGAAGCUGCGUUCGCUGCCCCGACCGGAGACCUCGACUUGGCUCAAUGGCGACAAGAAGGAACUCGAGAAGUACGUGAAGGCGGGCGAGAAGCGUCGCUAUUUUGCCCACCUGCGCGAGACGGUCGGCCCGAACUGCUUUCUUCGUCUCCCGCUGCAGUUUUCUUUCACAGCCAUGACGAGAAAUCCGUUUGGACUGAUUUUCGUCACCAGCGACUGGGCUGUGAUCCAGCAGCUCGUGCGCGAGCAGAGCAGUCUGGUUAGGAACCCCGAGUGGGUGCAGGCCUUCGAGGUCAUCAGCGAGAGCCUGAUCGCGAUCGAUGACGAACAGAGGGCGCGUUUCCACCGCAGGAUCCUCUCGACUUUCACGACGCACAACGAAGCGAACGCCACCAUGAAGCCCAUGAUGGAAGUGCUCGCGCUCGUCCACCGUGACCUCGUCUCACUCAACGACAUCCGCGCCAUCGACGCGCUCCAACUCACGAGGCUGGCGAUGUUCGACUUGUGGCUCAACAUUUUGACCGGGCGCAACGAGCACCACGCCGUCGCCGCGUCCGGCAUUCUUGCUCCGACGCCCCGUAGAAUCGAGACGGGCAUUUUGCCUUACAGCACCGUAGAGGCGAUGCUGACGAUGUCGCGCUUCCACAAAGAAAACUACGAGCUCCUUUUCCUUCCGACGGACACUGCGGCCUCUGCGUCUUCCCACAAGGCCCUCGUCAAGCAGUACAAAGCCGUAGCCAACGCAACUCCAGUGAUUUUGACUCAGCUGCUCGACGAAAAGAACCCAAAGGCCCUCCUUCCACGACUCCUGGCAGCUGAAGAUUCAGUCACAUGCUGCGGCCUGGAUGCAGACGAAAUCCGCGAUAGCGCUGGACUCCUCUUUCUCGCUGCGGAGAAUACGGCUAUGCCUAUUGUCUGGGCUCUGUACGAACUCGCCAAGGACCCGGUGCUGCAAAGCAAGAUCUACACAGCCGUCCGGGCGGAGGAUUUGACAGCAAUUGAUAGCACAGACCAAAUUGUCGGUCGUCUGGGAGAAGUGUUGAACCUCUUCCUGGAGACGCUCCGCUUUUACGCCCUCCCGGCUCUCUCGCGCACGGCCUCUGCGAGAAUCGACCUGAAAUCGGUUGACAUUUCCAUCCCAGCGGGCACCGUGAUCAUGGUUGACAAUCACUCCCUGACUCGGGACCAAGCUCGGUGGGGAUCUGACGCCCAUCUCUUCAACCCAGAUCGCUUCAUUGGCAAAAUCUGGCAACAGGCUCCAUGGCUUCCCUUUGGGUUCGGCGCGCGCAAGUGCCUGGGGGAGCGACUGUCGGUCACGCAUGCAGUCCUUUUCCUGUCCUCUAUCGUUCGCUCCUUCGCUUUGGAGCUCGACCCGAACUCCAUGCCUCCUGAACCUGUCGAGCGCCAGUUCCUCAUGCCGGACAAGCCGGUCAUGCUUCGCUUCAAGCCCCGUCACUAG